AUGAUCUCAACAUCGACGGAGUCACCGCUGGCCCUGAUCGAUCUCAUCCAAGUCUUCGUGGAGGCGCUGGAUCGCCUAUUUGAGAACGUCUGCGAACUGGAUCUGAUCUUCGGCUACGAGACAAUGCAUGCCACCCUUAGCGAGAUGAUCGUCGGAGGCGUCGUGGUAGAGACGAAUCUGGACAAGAUCGUGCAAGGCGUGAGAGCCCAAGAGGGCUCCCGAGGCAAGAGGAAAGCUGCGGAAGCCACCAGCUCUGCGGUCAGCCGGGCGGCUGGUCUACCGGGGUUGGGAGGAUGGCGACCCGCAUCCACCGGCUCGCUUGUUUUUCGCGCUAACGCUGCCCACGAAAGCCGUUCUUCCAACCUCGCGAGCCUUGGGAUUUUCUUUCCUCUUCUCGUCCCCCUCCAGUCAAUUCAGCGCCUCAGCACCGCGGCCAGCCUUCCCUCGACAGCAAUGCCUCCCAAAUCCGGUAAGAAAGUCGCUGCCGCGCCCUUCCCUCAGGGCAAGGCUGGCGCCAGCAAGAAGCCCAAGAACCCUCUCAUUGAGAAGCGCCCGCGCAACUUCGGCAUUGGCCAGGACAUCCAGCCGAAGCGCAACCUGUCCCGCUUCGUCAAGUGGCCCCAGUAUGUUCGUCUGCAGCGCCAGAAGAAGAUCCUGAACCUCCGCCUCAAGGUUCCCCCGGCGAUUGCGCAGUUCCGCAACACUCUGGACCGCAACCUCGCGGCCCAGACCUUCAAGUUCCUGAACAAGUACCGCCCGGAGUCCAAGGCUGAGAAGAAGGAGCGUCUCCUCAGGGAGGCCACCGCUGUUGCCGAGGGCAAGAAGAAGGAGGAUGUUAGCAAGAAGCCUUAUGCCGUCAAGUACGGUCUCAACCACGUCGUUGGUCUCAUUGAGAACAAGAAGGCUUCUCUCGUUCUGAUCGCCCACGACGUUGACCCCAUCGAGCUGGUUGUUUUCCUGCCUGCUCUCUGCCGCAAGAUGGGUGUUCCCUACGCCAUCAUCAAGGGCAAGGCUCGUCUUGGAACUGUCGUCCACAAGAAGACCGCCGCUGUGCUUGCUAUUACUGAGGUCCGUGCCGAGGACCAGUCCGAGUUCGCCAAGCUCGUCACUGCCAUCAAGGAGGGCUACAGUGACAAGUACGAGGAGAAGAGACGCCACUGGGGUGGUGGUAUCAUGGGCGCCAAGGCCAUUGCCCGCCAGGAGAAGAAGCGCAAGGCUGUUGAAUCUGCCGUCAAGAUCUAA